AUGAGGAGAGCCCAAGUUCAGUUCAACAUCGCCCAUCCAGGCAAGAGGUAUCGGCAUGAAAAGCCUGAUGUGAAAAACCUCUUGGAGAAGAAAGACGAGACCUACGUAGAUGUCAGCUCAGUAGUCACAUGGACAAGCCUAAAGAAAUUCUGUGACGAGCAUUAUCCCGACUUGAAAUUCAAGAACGACGAUGCUCGCAAGAAACACUGCAUCAAAAAGGGCUUGGAAAUCCAGCGAGAUGACGAAGGCAGAGACGGCAUCGCUGUGAGCAAGGCUGGUGAUGCAGACACCAAAGAGAUCCGAGUGGGCAAGCGACUUAGCGCUACGAAAGUGAAGAGCAUGAAAUACGCGGAGGAUGUUGACAAGAACGAACUUGCGGCGCAGCAUUCAAAGAAUGCUGCAAAUCUCAAGGUCAACACCAAUUCCAAGGACAGAUGGCAAUGA